AUGCCCCCUAUCUUAACUAUAUCUUAUAUUAUAAUGGUUUAUACUAUAGCUAAAAGGACACCCUUAAGCUAUAAGUAUAAUAAUAUAUAUAGUAUACUAGCAGUUAUUUUAAAGGGCGCUGAAUAUUAUAAUUAUAAAAUCAGCCCUGCUGCUGCUACCUCUGCUGCCACCUCUGCUGCUACCUCUGCUGCCACCUCUGCUGCCACCUCUGCUACUGCCUCUGCUGCUGCUACCUCUACUACUGCCUCUACUGCUGCCACCUCUGCUACUGCCUCUGCUGCUGUCUCUGCUGCUGCUGCUGUCUCUGCUACUGCUGCUGUCUCUACUGCUACUGCAGGCACGCUCCUUAAUUCUAGAGAUUCUUAA